AUGAUGCAACCUCUUCUGGACUCGUUGAUCGAAGUUUUGAGCGAACGACCAACAGAUCGGGCACUGGCUGCGACCGGCGAGUGGUUACGAACACAUUGGCAACCGUCUGUUAUGAGGCCGAAUGCUUCAUCAAUGCUUGUUUAUCUGGCAACACAUACCGGUAUGCUGACCGAUCCAAGUGGACUUCAAGAGCACAUACAGCGAGAGCUAUCUCGACAUCGCUGGAAUAAGCUUUGUUCAUAUGCCACAUUGGUGGAUUUGAAAUACUACGGCAGUUACUUUGACGGCCUCGGUAACUACUACAGUAAAUAA